GUGGAAAUGCAGUGACAGAUAAUGGAACUUGAACCCGAGUACUUAGUCUGAGUAGUAUAUGUACUGUGCAUAGCCGAAAGUGCCACAAGUAAGUUGUCUGCCAACCACCACCAUCGCUCGACGCUCCUACACGCAGCAUGCUAUCGCUCCUCAGUAACUCCUACUCAUGUCAUCUUUGAAGAAUUCAAGCUUCGGGAAGCGUCUUCGUGCUUCCCAUGAAUACGGCCACGAAAAAUCUCCUAGACGGAAACGACGGCGCAUCGGCCUCAAUCAGAGUGUACCACCAUCCCCUUCGAAGAAGGCAUCAUCAUCGUCGUCGACCACGGCUCUGAUCACGGCCGCCACAGAUAUUACGAAUACUCCAGUGCGUAGGCAGAAGAUUCCCCAUGGUGGCCUUGGUGAAUGUGGCGACCGGUUCGUGCCGUCGCGAAAUACCACCUGCAUUCGAGCGUCGUACAGUCUACACGAGGAGACUGGAUCACCCAUUGCCGUAAAUUCGACGACAAGCCACCUCUUCCCCCCAGAUCCAGUAAAAAAUCAAGCAAACGAUCUCUACAGAUCUAUUCUACGAGCAGAACUCUCUACUUGCUCUUCAUCUUUCCCCCCGACGCCCUCGCCCUCACCAGGCCGAAUUUUCGCCUACAAAACAGCUGUUUCUUCCCCUCUUCAACCCCAGCGUUCACCGGAACGUCUCGAUAACCCUUUCGACAUGACUUACCAGACCAGCCCAAUCCAGAACGAGACACGUUUCAUCAUGAAUCAACCGAGGCAGCAAAUACGUAAAGUGGAUAGAGUACCGUACAGAUGCCUAGAUGCGCCUGAUCUAUCUGACGAUUUCUACACGAACCUUGUGGACUGGUCCACUUCAGGCAUUUUAGGAGUUGGCUUGGGGAGAACGGUGUUUCUCUGGAGAGCUGACAAUCUAACUGUUGCCCGACUUUGUGAGGUUUCGGAAUUCAAAGACGAGUACAGCUCGAUUGCAUGGAUGAAAACGGACAACACGCUUGCAGUAGGUACGUACGACGGCCAUCUCACCGUCUACGAUGCCACCACCAGUCAACCAAUACGCGUCUUUCGAAACGCCCACAGCAAACGUAUCGGUUCCCUCACAUGGACUUCAAACGUUCUUUCUUCCGGCUCACGUGAUCGUGCUGUCCAGCAUCGUGAUAUGCGAGAUCCAUCCUCUACGCCGUUCAAGACAUCUAUUGGGCAUAAGCAAGAGGUUUGUGGUUUGAAGUGGAGCGGGGACGGUGGACCCAACGUCUCUCUGCUGGCCAGCGGUGGGAACGAUAACAAAAUAUGCGUAUGGGACCUUAGAGGAUCCAAACGAGCGCAGACACUUGGAGUUCAAACACCUCCCGAAACAUCUGUUGGCUCCUCACCUUCAAUCGCUGGUUCGGUGAAACAGAUGUCUGGAGAUCUGCCAUUGUACAAGUUUCAUCAACACAAGGCCGCCGUGAAGGGCCUCGCGUGGAACCCACAUCUAUCUGGUGUUCUGGCAUCCGGAGGCGGGCAGAGAGACCGCUGCAUCAGGUUCUGGAAUACGGCGAACGGGACUAUGAUUCAUGAAGUAGACACAGGCAGUCAGGUUUGCAACCUGCUCUGGUCUAUCAACUCGAAUGAGCUCGUUUCAACUCACGGUUACUCUACCUUUACCGUGCCCAACCAAAUAUGUGUCUGGAAGUACCCAACGAUGACGAUGGUAUCGUCGCUGGUCGGACAUACUCAGUGUGUACAAUACGUCGCAUUGAACCAAGAGGGAGACACUAUCGUUACGGGAGGCGGUGAUCAAACCUUGCGGUUCUGGCACGUAUUUCCUGGACGGACGCCACCUAGUAAAGAUGAAGAUAGUGUUUUAAACUUUGAUAAGCUGAUACGAUAAAUGACUUCGGCUUUGAACUACCACCAUUCGUCCUCUUCGAUCUUUCAUCCCUACUCUUUCCUUUUUAUCGUCUUCUGUUAUGCGGAUUUAUCUUUGUAGCUCUCCUAAAUUGCAUAUGCCAUGUUAUGUACCUUUGCUCUCUAACUCGUCUCCUGUCCAAGUACAUAGUAAUUUACAAAACUGUACUGGUAUAACAACCUCACCUAGAUAGUGCUCAUUAUUUACAACCAUACUAUUUUUACAGUCGCUUCAAUUUCAUUUCAUUUCUCU